AUGGCCAUCCUCAACUCAAACCCGGAAAUCCUAUUACGUAAACGUAAAAACGCUGAUCGUAAAAGAUUAGAAAAACAAGAACAGGUCAAAGAAAAAAUUGCAGCUUCGAAGAAGGCCAAAUUACAACAAAAGAAUAAAUUUAUUAGAGCAGAGACCUUACUAAGUAAUCAUAAAUCCAAUGAAAUUGAACGCAAGAGAAUCAAGAAGGUAGCUAAAAAGAUCAACAAUAUUAAUGGACCCACAUCAAUAAGCAACAAUGGUGACAAUACCAAAGUGCAAGACCAAGGGGAAUAUAAGUUGCUAUUUGUCAUUAGAAUACCCAACCACACUAAAGGGUUGAAAAUUCCUAAAAAGGCAUAUCAAAUCUUGCAAGUAUUGAAAUUGACUGAGUCAAAUACUGGUGUAUUUGUUAAAGCUAAUGAAUCAACAAUCAAAUUAUUAGGAUUAAUUGCACCAUAUGUCAUAAUCGGCCAACCUUCAAUUUCAUCUAUACGUAAACUCUUUCAAAAGAGAGCUCGUAUAAUUGUUGAAGAAACUGAUGCGGAAAGUGGAAAAACACAGUCUAAAGUUGUCAAGUUGGACAAUAAUCAAGUAGUUGAAGAUAAAUUUGAAGAUUUGGGGCUUAUUUGUAUUGAAGAUUUGAUUCAUGAAUUAAUCAAUUUGACUGAUAAUUUUAUUCCCAUUACUUCAUGGUUGUUGCCUUUUAAAUUAAAUUCUCCAGUCAAUGGAUGGGGUCCACAAGCUAAAUUGGCAAGGUUGCAAUAUGCAAAUGAUCAUAAAGUUGAAGUAUCAUUGGCACAAGACUACAAGUUGAAAGAAGUUGAAGACUUUGAUUCAGUUAUAGAUCAACAAAACUAG